CACAUGGCCACAACAACCAUGCAUAGUUUACCAGUUGAGCUGCUAGCGGAAAUAUUCACCCAUUGCCUCCCCAAAAAUGCAACACCGACCGCUACAUCUAACUCUCCUCUGCUUCUAAUGCGGGUCUGUCGACUUUGGCGCGAUAUUACUGUUGCAACCCCAGUGUUAUGGACGACAUUUUCUAUCGACUUGACGUCGGCCAAGGGUAUGAUACCAUCCGAAAGUUUGGAACUGUGGCUUUCGCGCUCCCAAAACAUGCCCUUGACUAUCAACGUUGACGACGCCGGCUGCGAGGAACCUCGGGCUGACCCGCAGUAUUGGAUGGUUUAUGAGGAGCUCUGUCGACACGCUCAGAGAUGGCAAAGCGUAACUUUCAACAUACCGUUCGCCGCUAUCUGGUGCCUUCCUACCCAACAACCGCUUAAGCUACUCAAGGGGCUCAAGUUUGGGAGCGAGGAGGAGGAUCAGCCCGUUCCUGGCCAGGCCCUGGAGAGCUUCGCUACCGCCCCACAACUGCGCGCUGUUGAUAUUACGCUAGACGCUUCCGGAGCCGUCUACAUUCAAGGAAUCCAUCUCCCUUGGCACCAGUUGACAACCUUCCGUGGCACGUUGUUUGCCACGUAUGAAUGUGCAUUUGUUUUAAGGGAGGCGACUAAUCUCGUUGACUGUCGAUUCAGCGAUGUAUCUACUGGGAUGGUCUCAGAUAGCCCUCCGAAACCACACUUCCAACUUUGCGAACUCCAAAUGGAUGCGCGAAAUCUGAUAACUUGCUUGGACCUUCUCCCGUUCUUCUCCUUCCCCAACUUGAAAAGGCUGGCGUUGGGAUCGCUGGUUCGCGAAGGCCGUAGUCAGAUUUCUUGGUCUGUGUUCAAUUCACUAUUGUCGAGAUCUUCUUGCUCUCUUGUCCGGCUUGACAUUUCGGUCAACAACAUAAAAUGGACAGAUUCACUGGUUGAGUGCUUCUCUCUGCUGCCCUCACUAGAGCAUAUGGAGAUUUUCUGGUUCAAUGAAGAAUCCAGCAUUACCCCGCUGCUCCAAACAUCCAAUGCCCUCCUGCCUCGACUCCACACACUUGUUCUCUAUUCGGAAAACUCACCCAGCAGCCCUUGGAUCAAUGACAUAGUCUCUCUCUUGUUUGUCCGCACUUCCGACAAGUGGGUAACGGCGCAUGGUGCCUCCUUGCAACACUUUCACUACAUCUGGAUGAGACUAGGCGACCCUUAUCCUGACGAAACAGUUCAGAGCCGCAUCAAGGCCCUCCGUGACAGAGGCCUGCACGUAGAAUUCCGUCCGAAUGAGCCAUUUGUUUAG